AUGGCCCUCGAGGCGGAUAUCUGGCAGCAGAUCAACCCAGAACUACCAGUUGAACCCGAGAGACCUCCACCACCGUUAAAACCUAUGCCCUCCGAGAUACGACAAGAUGCACAAUCUAUAAACGACCUUACCAAUCAAGAAGUCACUCGUCUUCGCGAUCUUCGAGGUAUCUACCAGCAAGAGCGGUCGGAAUACGAGUCACAAAGCAAGGCACGACGGAUGAUUACCGGAUUAAUCAUGGCUACGGUAGACCCGAAAUAUAAAUCGUACCUUCUCGGCCAGCUCACCCCGUACCAACAACUUCGUACCCUCUCCGAGCUAUUCCAAGCGUCGGACCGAACACAUAUCCAGACGCUACGGCGUAAGUGGCGUAGCCUUUUUGAGUUUAGGGCUACCCACGAUACCGCAGAAAAAUGGCUUCUCGACGUCCACCAACAAUAUAUUGAGGGUAACGCAGCCGGCGUUCCAGAGAUUCAGCAUCAAGAGAGUGUGAUUUUCGAUAUUUUACAUUGUCUUAAACAUAUUGCUCCUGGUUUUUGUGAUAUCUGGUAUCACGAGGUUUUCAACAAGUCACGCAAGAUUGAAGUACCCCGGUUAAUCCGGAUCUUCCAAGGACAACGAGAGUUUCAAGCUACAGAGCAAGGACACCCACUCGAAGCACCAAAAGGUGCCUUUUCUACAUGGCAAGGGCAUCCAGAAGCACAACCGUACCGGUGUGUAUGCGGUAAGCUACACUCUUUCCAGCGGUGCUUCUACCUCAAUCCAACCAUACGACCGCCAAGCUUCCAACUACACCAGCCGACUAUCUCUCGCAUUCGAGAGAAAUUAGAUGAAGCUACCCUUGCUGAGAUCAAGAAGGUGCUUCCAGAGUUCAAGGGUUUGGAGGAAGUUCCGCAACAGGCAUACUCGGCAUGGCCCUCGGAGCCGAUGAUCAUGGACGCCGUAGUUGCUCCAGACGCCAUCACCCACGAAGCGUUGGUAGAACCUCUCCGCCCAGGAACGCCAGGAUCUGCGAUAGAUCCCCACCCCACUCCUCCAGUUGUUGAAGAUACCUCUGUCCCAGAUUCCUCCGUGGCCGGUAUUAUGCCCUCAAGGGCGGUCGAGCAGCGGCCCCCUCAAAAGCACAUUGAGAUCGAGCUCUGGUCUCUUGAACGAGGAGACUGGAGACGGUCAGACCGGCUCCGCGUCGAUCCGUCAGAUCCAUCGCCGCUGGAACGAGUCGCGCAAAAGUAUUUAUGGAAGAAUUAUUCCCUAUACGAUAAGCAUUUGCACAACCUGAGGCCAGCUCAAUGUUACCGUGCAGCGACAGCUGAUGGCAGUAACGCCUUCUUCAUAGUUUCCGAGUAUGAGGAGAAGAAGCUUGCGGCAGAGGGUCGAGUUGUAAAGGAGAAGAAACUCCUAGGGAUGGCAUCUCGAGUAUUAGACCGGGUAGAGGGUGGAAGGUAUCCUAAGUUCUCAUGA